CCCGCUGCCCCGGCUGUCCGCACGCGCGUUGCCGAUAAAGUUUUCCCGAGCGGAGCACUGCGGCCGGUCACGUGAGCGGAAGAUGGCGGCCGCGGCGGGCGGCGGCGCCUCCGCGGUGUCCGUGCUGGCUCCAAACGGGCGGCGCCACACGGUGAAGGUGACGCCGAGUACGCUGCUGCUGCAGGUUCUGGAGGACGCGUGUCUGCAGCAGGACUUCAGCCCCAGCGAGUAUGAUCUCAAGUUCCAGCGGAAUGUGCUUGACCUGUCUGUCCAGUGGAGAUUUGCCAACCUGCCGAACCAUGCCAAGCUGGAGAUGGUGCCUGCAUCCCGGAGCCGCGAGGGGUCUGAAAGUACGGUGCGCGUGGCACUGCAGCUGGAGGAUGGCUCACGCCUGCAGGACACUUUCCGUGCGGGACAGACGCUCUGGGGGCUGCUCGGCCAUUUCCCACAGACCAGGGAGCACCUGGAGCAGCCAUGCGGGUUGACCCCCGUCUGCGUGCACAUGAGGGAUGAGGUGGCUGGCACAGCCGAGCUCCAGCACAGGACACUGCGGUCACUCGGUCUCACUGGCGGCAGCGCCGUGAUCAGGUUUGCAAUGAAGUGCCGUGACUUGGCGUCCAUGCAGGCGCCCGGGGACCCUGGCCCUGAGCCUUUGCUGCAGGACUCACAGGCGCCAAGUUCCCCGCUGCCCGCCGGGCCUGCAGGGUUCAGCCAUGGUGACGGCGGCCAGGAGGAGGCGACGGGGCCCACAGAUGACCCUGCGGAGCUGCCCCACCCUGAGCCCACAGCCCCUGUCUCUGCCCCUUUCUCGGGAGGUGGCCAGCGGCUGGGGCACCCCCUGGGGCCCGUGAGGUGCCUGCCGGCAGCUGCCAAGUCGCAGAAGCCCUUCUCCAGCCCUGGGGGCCCCUCCAGGCCCAAGAAGUCGAAGCCAGGCCAGGAGCCCCUGCAGGAGCCCGAGCUGCCUGUGGAUCGCAGCCCGGUGGUCUGUCACCCUGACCUGGAGGAGCUGCCGCUGGCCUGGCCAGCUGAAUUGCCUGACGACUUCUUCGAAGUCACAGUGGAUGACGUUCGCCGCCGCCUGGCCCAGCUGGAAAGCGAGCGGAAGCGCCUGGAAGACGCCCCCUUAGUGACCAAGGCCCUCCGGGAGGCACAGGCCCAGGCAAAGCUGGAGCACUACCCCCAGGUGGCACUGCGUGUGCUCUUCCCCGACCGCUACACCCUACAGGGCUUCUUCCAUCCUCUUGAGACAGUGGGGCAUCUGCGGGCUUUUGUGAAGAGUCACCUGAGGACCCCGGAACUGCCCUUCUACCUAUUCACUGCUCCCCCUAAGACCCUGCUGGACGACAGCCUGACCUUCUUCCAGGCCAACCUCUUCCCUACUGCCCUCAUACACUUUGGAGCUGAGGAGCCCCUGGGCGAGGGCCCCUACCUGGAGCCUCUGCUGCUGGCACGUUCUGUGGCUCCGUCCGUAGCAGAUGAGCUGGUGGCCAGGCACAUGUCCAGGGCCACCAAGGCCCCAGCACUGCCCCCAGCUGCCCCUGCUGCUACAGUCCCCAAGUCAGAGCCUGCCCUUGAGGGGUCUGUGCCCCAGCCCAGUCCUGUGCUGUGCCAGCCUGUGAGGAGGGACCCGGGCAAGGUGCCCAAGUGGCUGAAGCUGCCAGCCAGCAAGAGGUGAGAUGCCAGCCUGGAGGUGCCCACCAUCCUCUGCCCAGCAAGAAUAAAGUGGCUUCUCUCGGGUCA